UUUUGACCGGCUUUUGUUUCUUUUUCUAUCCCUUUUCAGCUUGAUUACACUUAAGGUAUGUGAUUUUGGUAAAUAAGAACGAAAUUUGCCAUUUGUUACUUCUUCUCCCGUAGUUCAUAUGAUGGUCAUUUUGUUGCACUAUCUACGGCAUACUUCAGGCUAGGGCAGUCUGUUCGUCAAUAUUGUGGAUUCCUUUUGUUUCGUGUCCCUGUUAGAGUUUUACAUGUAGUUUACUUUAAUUAUAUUGAAGACAAAGAAAUCACUAACGACUUCAGAAGGUGUAAUUUCGUUUCUUUCGCUUCGGGGUAUAAGUAAUUUACGAUAUUGCCUGAGAUUCAGUCGUUAAAACUUCAAAAAAUUGUCGAAGUAGGACCAAUCUUAGGUUGACGGCUUGCGCUGCUUUCCUCGAGUGCUUUUUCGUACUUGAGUAGACAUUUUAUGUCAUUUCAUUGUUUCCAUGUUGAUUGGCAGUUAAAUAUUUGUGUAACGAAUUUGCGGUGAGCACUAAUUCAUGCAAGCGGCGCGGCAACAUCGUAGAGGUAUAUUUGCCGAAAGGAAAUUUCGUGACCUUUAUUCGAGGUGUUACGCGGUAUUCUUUAAGGCUUAAAGUUUUAACGGGAAGGUUUAGCUUUGAAAUUGUUCCAUACGAACUCUUGCCCGAACUGACGGUAAGUGAGAGAGAGAGUUUGUCAUGUUUAUCUGUUAAAUUUACGCUUAUAGUUUGCGUUCUGAUUGCAGCUAUUAGUUUGUUUAGCUUUAAAUAAAUCAGCGGGAAUGUUUUUAAAAACAACAUUUCUUACUGCUGCUCUCCUGAAGAAAGCGAAGUAAAGUAUUUUAUAAGUUUGGCGACUUUCCGAAGUUACUUUAAACUUUUUGCUUGAUAUCAGAUUUGAAUCGAUUGUUCUUGGUAAAAGAGGUAUUUUCUGCAUGACGGCUUAGUUCGAAAAUCUACCAAAUUAUCCGGCUUGAUGUCUUCAAUUCUGCUCACUCAUCGACUACCGAGAUUUUAUGAAAUUAGCUAUGAUGUCUUCCGUAUUCAACUUAAUUCCCUUCGUAAGGAGCGGGAAAGAGCUUAAUUACAUCUAUUUCUUAGCACAAUAGGCUCUUUGUUCGGCGAUUUGCACAUUCUGCCGAGGAAUUCAUGGUUUGGUGUAUGCCCUGAGGUCCAUAGCAAUGCUAUACUUUUCUUAGAUGCCUUUAUCGACAUGCAUUUACUGAUAACCUGUAAUCUUCUUGAAAUACUCAAUGUGAUUUCACCUUUGUUUAAUAAUAAUUGAAGUUCUAUCAUUGUUAGCUAAACUUUGCUGUUCCCCAUGGGAAAAUCAUGAAAAUAAUUUGACUAAGAGGAACAAUUAAAAGCAUUUAACUUUGUAAAGAGUAAAUUUGCAUUGGCUUUAUUUACAGGUUGAUCAUCUCUAUUAAUAAUCUGACUUACAGUAUUAGGUUUAAGUGAGAUGAUCUCAUGGUUUUGAUCAAAGAAAGUGAAAUGUAUAGUGUAACUACUCAGUAUGUAAGCCUAAAUUCAGCUAUGUGCAGCUAUGUGGUGAAAUGUUGAUUCUUAUUUUGUGUUUCAUCCAAACUAUUAGGUAGGUUUUUCUCUGAUGAUUCAUUGUCUUGCUAUCUCCUUAUUGAAUACAUUCAUUGUUCCACAUUUAAGAUUGGUUUUAAUUUUUGGAUGCACACAAUUUCAUUCCCCCAUCUCUGUGGUGAAUGUUUUCAUCCUUUCAUUAUUUAAUGUCUCAAGAUGAAGUGGUACCAGCAAGCAAUAGAAAAAUAGAGAAAGUAUAUUUUUCCUUAUCUUCUUCUCAUUGAUGAAUAGUGAGUAGAACACUUGAACAUCUCAGUUUGCAGAACAUUUUUUCUUUGAAGAUUCAUACAUGUUUCUUGUCUAAGAAUUGUUGUUACUUGCAAUAAAAAACAAGAUCAAAGAAGCUGUUACCAUUCAAAAGCACCUCAGACAGUUCCAAGUUAUGUCUACUUUCUUGGUGAAUACAAAAAAACCUUACAGUAACAAAUUUAGAAUAUGCUUACCUCAGUAUUUUCUGAGGAACUGAGUGGUAUGGUAAUCCUUGAUUUGAAGUAUAGAGGAACUUAGCAUUUUGUGAGCAAAUGUUUGAUGUGCUUAAUGAGAAUUGAUUGGACCAAAAAUGAAUAAAAUUGUAAAGAUCUUGUCACUUUUUAUAAGUACCUUGUAGAUGGAAGCUAAGAAAUCACUCAGAAGUUUAGGGAAUCGUUGUAUACUUGGAAGUGAUACUAUUUUAAGACUGAUAAUGACCUUGUCAAUGUCUCAUCAAAGAGGUUUUGAGAAAACUAUUCAAAUGAUUAAAAUAUUGUAUGUAUCUAGAAGUCAGAACACUGUUUGCCAAAUUUUAAAAGUGCAAUGGGUUUGUGGACAUAAAUUGUCCAUAGGGUACAGUAUAUGUGAGAAAAGUUAUUCAAAAUUGGCUAAAAAAGUUUUUGUUGGUGUAUGUGUAAGCUAUUCUGAAAUAGUCAUGACUGGCAGGAAUGGGUUUGUAAUUAUUUAGUAAACUGAAAUGCUCUGAACAGAGAACCUACAAUUCCUUUUUGAAAAAAGCAGUGUCAACUGACUUACUGAUGACGUCAGUUUAAAGUUAUGUUCAGAAUAAUGUGCAGAUGUUGCAUCUCAGUUUAAUAAGAAUUUGGUAGGGCUUCAAUAUUGAUCAAGGAGUAGAAAGAAAGCUCUUUUGCCCUUGAUUAGUUGGUGAGGUAACAAACUGGCAUGAAAAACUAGAUGUAAUACAUUAUCAAAGGGAUUUCCUUGACAAGAACUUCAAUUUUGGCUUUGUUUUGCACCACACUUAGUUGCCUCUUGCGUCAGUCAAAACAUAUUUACAAAUGGAUUGCAAUAUUGACUGUUUUGUCUACUCUAAGUGAUUUUUAGUCAACCACAGAAGUUUCCUGUAAACCAUACACGCAUUAGUAUGACUUCAUUUACCUCAAGUGUGACCAUAGAUAGUGUUUACAUUACAUAAGAAGCAGCUGGUUUUGUUUAUUUGUUUUCAUAGGGAGUUUUCUGUGAAGUUAUAUUGUUUGACUAGGACAAGUUUUGUCAUAGUGCAUUUCAUGUGUGUUGGACCUAUAUUUUUUUAACUUGUUUUCUUGCAGGGCAAGGCUAUGAGAUAUAGACAAGCAACAGUUGUUUGUGGUGCAGUACCUAGUUCUAUCUGGGGACUAUGCCUCUCAUUGAGCCUGGAAUGGAAAUGGUAUGUUAUAGUGAAACAAAUAGGAAGAUAUAAGUACAUAGUUUUGAAAAAUAUAUCUAUAUGUUCAUGACCACAUUAGCUUACAUUCCACUGCUUUUGAAUGGAAAAUAAUCUUAAGAUACUCACUACUUAUUUACCUUAUUCUUCUCUACCUGAAAUUUGUUGUGUUAAACCUGUAAAUUCUCAUUUACACAAUAAACAGUUCCAAACUUGUGACCAUACUGCAUUUUCUCUGUAACUGUGGAGCCAACUUAUGUGUUUUAAUAUGGCAGACUUGCAAUGUUGUAUGUUAACAUAGAGCAAAAUGUAUCAAAUACCUAAAAGUGACAUGCAGUGAAUUAUCUCCUCUUUCUAAAAUGUGUAUCUGUUUUUUCCAAAAAUGAUAAUUCUGAUGUGAAUAGUCCACAUAUGCUUACUGAGUAGUGCCUAAGAUCUAGAUGUAAAUGAGAAUGUGUCUGCUGAAGCAAAUAUCAUUACCACAACAAAGAAAACCACAAGACUAAUUACAUGUCAUAGAUAGAUAAAUGAGUUACCAACAAAGUUUAAGGGAAUUAUUAUACAUGUCCAACACACUGAUGAAAGAUUCACUACCUUUUUUAUUUUAAGUGGUUGUUUUUAUUCAUAUUAAUGUUUCCAUACAGCAUUAUCUUAUUAGUCGAAAGAGUUUUUUUUUUCCAUCCAGUGCACAAAAGGCACUCAUUAAUAUUUUUUUCACCAAGUAUUCAGUUUUAGAAACUGAAUAUUCAUCUUAUGUCCGUGUAAAUGGUAGAUGUAUACCUCCACAUUAGAGAGUAAUUGCUAACUAUUUGCUUUUACUAUAAAUAGCAACAGUAAUGAUUAUACUAACUUCCAAGAGCAUGCAGUUUGUAUAGAUCAUAAAGGGGUUUGAAGAAAAGGGGUGCCCUGAAAAGUGCAGAGCAUGGUUGUUGUUUAUCCAUGUUUUGAUUUACAUCUCCAUUAAGUCACACUAGUUAAUACUAGUUAUCCUAUUGCAAGUCAGAAGUUAGCUGUACCUUUAUGUAAGCUUGCAUGUUUUUUAUCUUUCAAUCCACAGAAAGAACAUGAGAUUGUGUUUGAUUUAAUUAUCGCUACGGUGAGUUGUAAUGAAUGUAUGAAAUUGUGUGAAGAGUACAAUUAGUUCUACCUGCUUCUUUUGCUAAUGUUUUUCUUACUGUGACAUGUAUUAAAGAUAAAAGACAACUGAUACAGAAGUAUCAGUACUCACAGGAAAACAGUCAAUGUUAAAUUGUAUUGUAUUAAUUAGUAUAAAUAUUAUCAAAAAUUGUUCAAGUCAAGUUUGGAAGAUGGAUUGUUCUACUAGUUGGUUGUUACACUGAUUUAUCACAACUCCCUGUUGUUUUUAGUUUGUUUGUUUGUUUUUACUUUUUUGACAAAAACUUUUUUUCCUUUAUAACUUAACAGGCAAAUCGUAUCGACGCCCAGAGAGCUGAAUUUCCUCCAAGCAAGAAAUCUCCAUUUUUACCACUUUUGCCUUUACCAGGGAAAGACAAUCAACAGGAAACUGAAGAGGUCACUCAAAAAUUUCUUGUUUAAAUAUUUUCCAGCUCAAGAAGAUAUUUCCCUUUAUUUGGCUGAAUGGUAUAUUACCACUGUCCAUAAAGAUUCAGAUCUAGUUUGAAAUACUAGAUUAAAACCAUUUCAAAGUGGAAAAAUUUUUAAACUAAAACCUAUUUGCAAUAGGCCCGAAAAAUUACCUUAAAUCUUAAGUCACAGACCCUGGUGGCAAGAAAUAUAUGUAUAUACUUUGUUACAUCACCUCAACCUUAAAGAUCAUAAACAUUACCUCCUAAAUAAUCUUGGGUCUGAUAUAUGAGAGCCAUGUACAGGAUGCAAAUGGCUAUCUACUCUCUACUUCCCUAUGGGUGUCCCAGUCACUUAUUUCAACACUUAUUUAUGAAACUCAUCCUGAAACCGGUCUUUAAUGCAACAUUUUGUGUUCAAAUUCUUUAGAGUGAUACUUCAAAAGAAGAAGAGGAAGCAGAAGGUGACGACGAAGAAGAAGAGGAAGUCUUAAAAAUGACGGAUUUAGACCCUAUUAAGGAGGUGACUUGUUUAAGCAUUGCUCAGAUAUUUUAUAUAUACACACACACCCAUUUUCAAAAAUGGUGCAAUUUGAAAAAAAUAUAUGAAAUAUAUACAACUUUUGUUUCCUCAUUAAAAGACACUUUUUGAUCAGAAAACAAAAGACAUAUAUUUAAUAUAUAAUUUCAAUAUUGCAAUGUUUUUGAAAACAGGUAUAUAUGUAUAUAUUUCACUUUUAGCAACAUUAGUAUUUCUACUUGCUUAGGAUGCAUACUGCCUUAGCAAAUAAAUGAUAUGUAGACAUUUUGAGCUUUCCCAGUCAGUUUGAUAAUUUAUAAUUUGCUGGCUAGUUGUUCAGAAGGUUGACUGGAUAAAGUGGACUGUUACUCUCUAUCUAUCUUAAUGUGUUAAUAAUAAACAUGAAAAAAUGUGUAUCUAAUUAGCUGAAAACUAGUGCAUUUUCAUGUAACACAAGUGCAAAGUUAUAAUACAGGUGCAAAGUUGUAACAUCAGUACAAACUACAAAUAGUGGCCACACACUGUCAAAAUUUUGCCUGUCAUGACUUUCUGGGGUGCCUUUUCCAUGUAAAUUAUUAAUAAGUAGCAACUUGAUUUAUGUACAAUUUGGUUUAAAUAAGCCCUUGUAAAGCUUAUUAACACUAAAUUACACUCGAAAUCAUGUUAUUAACUAUACAAAUGUAUUUUACUUGUCUGUAUCACAUAUUGUAUUCCUAUUUGUUUGUAACAUAUAUUUCAUUCACAUAUUGUAGGUUUUGGCAGCUGGAGGACCAUAUCCAUUAGUUGUUCUGCCUGUUGGAGGUGAAUACUGGUUGGAGGGAAGCAACCACAGACAUGUCAGCAACACAGAUCACAGGGCUGUUGACUGCAGGAUAGAGAUGAAUAAUGUAAUUCAAAGCUACAGAAGAGACUUCAUGGGAAAGGUAUUUUAUACUAUGCUUCCUUACCCCAUGCUUGUUUGAAAAAAUUUCUUUCUUGCAUGUAGUGUUUCAAACACACAGGUAGGCAACUAAAAGUUUAUGCCAUUAUCCGCACUCAUCCACACUUAAAACAAGUUGCAGUAUGGUUUACUUAAUUUGUUUUCUUGACUCACCGUAUUAAUGCCAGAAUAGCUUUAAUUGCAAAAUGUAUUAAUUCUAUUUAAUUUCCAAUGUUUGAUUUAUUGACAUUUUAGGAACAUCUGAACUUCAUCUGUGAUGAUGAAAAACUUGGUCCUGUUAUCUUAUCAGUCAAGCAAGAAAUUGAGAAACUUGAUGGUUGUGAUACCCAAGGAUUCAGAGUCAUUUUAAGGUUUAUUUCCCUUUUCAAACUAUUCUUGUUUUUGGUGUUUGUUUUGGUUUUUUUAAAUACAAUACAGAUUUUGAUCUCAUAGACACUUUUCAAUGUGGUCAUUUGCUAGGAUGCUUUUGUUUGAACUAAAAUACAGAAUGUACUUCUACCUGGACAAUUUUUUAAUUUUUUUAAUUGCAAGGUGUAUUAAUGUUUUCAUGUAUUUGAUGUUACCCUUAUCACUUAUAAUUGUUAGUAAUGUCAAUAUUUCCCUUGAAAAUGUAAAAUUCUAAAAUAUUAAAGCAGAAUAUUCCAUUGUAAAUCAAGGCUCUUCUUCAAUUUGCCAUUUUAUUAGAACUGCUGAAAAGACCAUUGCAGACAUUUUACCAAUAGAGAAUGUGUCUGACAAUCCAGGACCAAGAGAAAUUGUUAGGGUGAGUAAACAAUUACAAAACAUGGAAUGAAAGUAUCAUUAAUUUUACAUUCUUAUCAUUGUGUAGGUUGUGCUACAAAAGGCCUACUCAAAAACUUUUUUUGUUUUUUUGAAAGUUUUGGAUAAACAUAAGAAUAUAUUACUGAAAGAUGGCUAAUUAGAUGGCCAAUAUUAAAUAUUUUCAAGGAAAAUAUUUUUUCAAUUUUCCUUUUAGUAUCUUCUUGCCGAGGAUGCAGACAAUAUAGAUCAUUUUCAAGUCUUAGCUCAUCCAAAGGUAAAGUAACAAAAUAAAACUGAUGGUGCUUACAAUAGUACACUAUGAUAUGUGAAAAUGGUUUUGAAAUGAGUUACUUGAAAUUUAUUUUGAUUGUCUAACAAAUAUUAUUUGAGUGACAAAGUGAUAUUUAACUGUGAGUCAGGGGUAGAUUGUAGCAGUUUUGGUACUUUGCUUUGCCUUUGCCUCUUCUUUCUUGUGACAUCUGUUUGUGUGUUACUCUCAGGCCUCAGAACUGAUUGUCAAGUAUGAUGAACACAACCUGUCAAACUCUUUUAAAUUUGGAGUUAUAUACCAGAAAUAUGGACAGGUAACAAUUUAACAACAUAUGAAUAGCAAAUUAUUUGAGAAGCUCAAGUAAAAAUGCAAAUAAAAAUGUAGGUUAUGUACAUGUGUGGCAAUAACUGAGAUAACCAUAAUCUUUCAACGAACAUUCAUUCAACCUUUAGCACAUUGUUAGUCUCUUUAUGCAAUGACUUUGAAGUGGUAAGAUGUUAAUUUCAUUGUUCAAUAUUUUCAGACUACUGAAGAGGAGUACUUUUGCAAUAGAACUCACAGUCCUGCCAUGAAUGAGUUCUUGGAGAUGUUAGGCAAUCAGGUGUGCCUCAGAAAUUUCAAAGGGUGAGCUGUAAAACAAAUUAACACAAACUUUAAAUAUUGGUGAACUUGUGUGUAUGUUCCACGGGUACAAGUUUUAUCCAGACCUACUGAUGAUGUCUCCUUACAAUACUACUGCUCCAUUAAGCUUACAAGUUCACUGACUCAGUUGCUUAUGUUAUCUACAUGUAGGUUACUUGUAUGGGAUGAUGUUUGUAAAAGCCAUUUCUUUCAUGAAUGAUUAACUCAAAUUCACAUUUCGUUUUCAUUAUUUACAGGUUUCCUGGAGGCUUGGAUGUGAAACAUGGUCAGACAGGUGACACAUCAGUACAUACUGUGUUUGAUUCCAAGUAAGAAAUUUGAAUUUUCUCAUUACUCAUAAGUAACUCUUUCCUUAAUUAUUUCAUGUUUGAAUCUCGUAAUUCAAACGUUAUGUACUUCACCCACCUUCUCUAUGUCUGUGGAAACCUUGAGUUGAUAUUGUAUACUACCCUACUUUGCCAAACCUCUGAUAUAUAGGCUAUGUAGUUAGACAUAUUUUACUCUAUUGAGAUAUACACCUCAUUCCCAAAUUUUUUUUUAAGAGUGGUAAAUUUAUUUAUACUCUGUGAUUCACCUUUUUAGGGAGAUCAUGUUUCAUGUUUCAACCUUACUACCAUUCAGUAGCGGAGACAGCCAACAGGUAUGAAAACAACAACAACAACAACAAAUUGACCUUUAGGACGUAUUUUUUUGUAACCAAUGACCAACUCCAGUGAUGUAAGGCUGCCACACAACAAUUGGAUAUAUCUGCUUAUGAGAUGCACACUGUAUGUUUAGCCGAAUUUUUUUUUCUACUUUUAAGGUUCAAAGAAAGAGGCAUAUUGGCAAUGAUAUUGUUGCUAUAGUUUUCCAGGUAAGCGGGAGUUGUGGUUGGUUUCUCAAAUACCUUAAAAUGGAUUGUGUUAAACAGUCAAAACUACAGAAAUGUUCGAAGAUUGCUCAGUUUUUAACCUUUCUAAGCUAUGUUGCAAUACUUUUAGGAGGAAAACACGCCAUUUUCACCAGUUUCCAUCCGAUCGCAUUUUCUACACGUCUUCAUUGUUGUACAAGUCUUGGAUCCGAACACGAGCAACACAAGAUACAAGGUAAAGUACAGACAAAGAUUAUUCCAUGGAAAGUCCGCACGAACGAUUUUUAUUUACGAGUUAUGAUGCAUCAAAAAAGCGAACGAGUGGGUUUUUUUUUCUAUGCAUCACGACGAGUGGAUAAAAAAUUUUCAAAUACUUUCCAUGGUAUGAUGUUUUUAUUUCAUACAUAUUGAGAUUUUUCUUAUUGACCGACACAUUUCAAAGUCUGGAAGCUAUUAUUUUGUUGCCCUCCAUGGUGAAGCACUAUCGUUCGUGUCUCUGAUUGGACGAACGAUGUAUUUUCACAGUUGUUCGUUCAGUAUGUACGAAAUGAACGUAAUUUAAAAAGUAAUUAAAAGUAAUCCGGGAUCGUUUUUUGUUUUGCUUACUCUCUGUGAUUGAAUCAGAAAACUUAAGCAACUCUCUCAACCGAGUACAUGAAAACUUAAGCCAAUUGCAAUUGGGUCACUCGCUUUUCCCACGCCACAAGCACUCCACCAAUUUUUAACUGAUAUUUCGUUUGUUGUUGUUUUUUGGGCUGACCCUUUUUUCUGUUUGGUUGUUGUAAUUACUCUUGUUUUUUGUCGUUCGAAGCUUAAUUUCGAGGUGUCCCUGUCCAGGCUACUGACUGACCAAUCGACUCUUGUAACAUUUUUCACCAUUAUCACUCCAGGUCUCCAUCACAGCUCGUGAAGAUGUGCCGCACUUUGGACCCAAACUUCCAAAUCCUGCCGUCUUCAAGAAGGUUUGUUCACGAUGAGCUUCUUGUUAAACCUUUUUCAUGGCUUGAAGUAUUGUGGAGGUUUUGUUCGGUCGAAAACUGAGGUUAAAGAGAACUUGUCACUAAUUCUCCAUCUUAAUACCAGUGGGUGUAUUUUCAUCAAAGAUUUCACCAGAGUAAGUUUUUCAAAUACCUCUUUUAAGAAGGCAUUUUGAGUAUUUAAGUUAUGUUUAUGGUCAUAUGUUGGUUUCCAGGGUCCUGAAUUUCGCAAGUUUUUGUUAACAAAACUCAUAAAUGCUGAACUGGCAGCUUACAACAGUGCUGAGUUCGCAAAGUUAGCGGUAAGUGUUAAACCUUAAUACGCGAUAAUAUGGAGGAAGCUAACUACUGUAUUUCCUGGCUUUUGCACGGAGAGAUUUUUUAGAAAGUUUUUUUUCAUUCCUUUGCUUAUUUAUUUUACAGGAUCGAACGCGCACCACUCUUCUACGAGGACUAGCGGAUGAUUUAAUCGAGAAGAACUCGCUGAUACUUGACACAGGCGGAGAGGAGGUAAAAUUGCAAGCAACGAUCUACGUCCCAAGUCUUUUUUUUCUUUCAAUAACCUUUGGAGUAGUUGUGAUACUACCUUUUUUCAAGCGCAGGUUAAUGAAGCUUGUUUGGGCUCUUACGAUACUUGCUAUUAUGCCCAGAAAACAAAAAUACAAUUGAGUUGUAUUGCACAAAAUAAUUAAGAAAAAUUAGCAGGAAAAAAAGACAAGAGUUAAUAACCUUAGUUUGAUUUCACAAACCCAGAUGAGGAACUGUGUUUGAAUUGAUAUUUUAGGGUGGCUUAACCUGAACACUUGCCUCUAAAUUUUCAGUACGAAAGGUGACAUGAUACUCAUAAACGAAUAUUUUUUUUUGAGAGUCACCUUUUUUCAUUUUCGAUGGUUGCAAAAAUAAUUUGAAGCGCUGUGAAUGAUCUGGCUGUUCCAUUUGCAAUGACACUCAGAGUUGUUUUGUUCUUAAUCCUUUAGGCUCCACAGAAGGCCAAGCUAUUAUCAUCUCUGAAAAAGGUAUUACGUACAAGGAGUCAAGUGAGCCGCACCAUGUCCAUGCGGGAACCGCGCCCAAAACCAGAUGAUGUUGACUCAGAUGACAAUACACCAAAGUCCUGGCAUAAAAAGGUUGGAAACAACAGUACCUUUUUUGUUUUGGCCCUCUUUUUUUAAUAAAUCGCACAUCUUUGGACUCACUGGCAUCCAUCAGUAAACUUAAAGCCUUCUAGAUAUUACUGAUUGACGACUUAUACUUGAUUUUCCUCCAUCCAGGGUAAGGAAAGAAGGAAAUCUGCACAAGGUUUACUUUCUGCUAAAAAAGUCUCAAAGCCGCCCAAAAAGUAAGUGAGGAAUCGCAAUCACGUGGCAAGAAGUAGAAAUACGUCGGCAAUUAUUAUUAUUAUUAUUAUUAUUAUUAUUAUUAUUAAUUUUCUUGUGCGUAUGAAACAAGUUAUCGAGCCCAAAUUCUAUGUACUUUCAAACCCUAAGAGUGAUACUCUCCUAACGCACUUUUGCUGCUAAAUAAUCAACCAUCAGUUGUUCCAAGUCAUUUUUUUUUUACAUUUUUUUCAGAGAAGUUAAUCAUGGUCGGUGUAAGAGUAUGGAGUCGCUUCUGGUUCAAGAGCAGAGCAAGAACAAUCCCAUUUUUUACGCGGACGAUUCCAGUUCAGAAUCGAACACAUCCGAGAUGUCUCGUCAUCUUGACGAACCAGCGCAUUCUCCGAGGAAACAUAACUCUCGUUCACGAACACCUGAACCACGGGGACAAAAGAGUACGCCGGAUUAUAACAGUUCACCACGACUAUCACCAAAUUUGCCCCAAAACAUGGCGCAUUCUCAAUCUGUCCCUGCCCUAAAAAGUUACGAUCGUUUACAUAGGACUUCGACCAAAGUAACCGACAAAUCGUCGCAUUCACGAGUGUCUUACGAGGGGAGUUCGACUGCCGGCGAAUAUCAAGUUCGGUAUGUUGGUGGAUAUCAAUCGGGGCCCGAAAAUGAUCAGGAUGAGUCAAUACGACUGACUAAUUACAAUCGGUCUCCGUCACGUCACCGAAAGGGCCCUGAAGACCGCGGUAAUGUGGAUGUCAGUCAUCAGCGGUCAAGUUCAAAUGUUUCCGAAAACAGUACUGCUUCUACACAAUCUUUCCACCAAUCUCGAGAAGGAAGAGUUGAACGUGACGUUCCGUUGAAUUUUAGUCGAUCACCAACGAGUUCUCCUUAUCUGCGGAGGAAAGCAUCUGAUAUCCAAAACAAUACCGUAAGCAUACAGGCAGCUGGCACCGUUCCAGGUUCCGCGCAAAAGCAGAAGAAAACAGCCAUCGUCUCACCCUUGCUGGAUAUGUCAGAUAACAGGCCUCGCUCGGUUCCGCCUGGGCUGCUUAUGUUUGAUCCCACUGACCCGGAAUCAGAGAGAAUUGAACAGGUUUGUCAUGUUUGAAGGCUGCGAUAACUUUGUUGUUCAUAUUCUAUUGGUCUGUUACACGGAAUCAAGAAUGUCUACGAUCAAAUAGUCAUUCUGCUUUUGGCGAAUAAUUUAUGCACCAGUGCUAACCCGUGGUGGUUUCUGUAGGUGAUGCAGGAAAGAUCUCCGUCGCUGCCUAAAUUGGACACUGAAACUUUAACUUCAUCUGAGGAUUUGUCCGUCAGUGGUAAGGAGUUUACUAGGUGCAAUAAGGGAAUAUGCGUUAUAUACCGAGCGGGAGGUCUAUAUUGGGUAAAAACUGUGCCCUGGGUCUUGAGUUCGUACUUCAGACUGAGGAUGAUUGUCAAAGAAAAAUUAUAUGGUUUGCUUAAAACUUAUAUCAUUGAAUGUUUUCAUGACUAGGUCUUUCAAUUCGCCUUUCAUUCAAUUUCUAAGAUAUUCGCCUGAUUCCAGUGUUUUGAUUUACUUUUUAGACACAGUCUUCAGACAAACGGAGAUGCUUAAAAACGAAAUUACAAGACUGAAAUGCGAAAAGCUCGACCUAGCUCGGCAGAAUGUGGUGAGUGUUUUUUUUUCCUCCAGGAGAGGGCAAAUAAUAUGAACUAGAUUCGUCAAGUCUUUAGUCUAAAGUAUAGAGUUCAUUAGUUUGCUUCAUUGGAAUAACAGGACUUUUUUCCUUUUGUAUUAAGUUGUUGCAGCGUGAAGUUCGUUCCAUCAAAGAUAAAUGCACCCAGCAAACCUUUGACUUGUACGAAGCCCGCUGUGAAAUAGCCCGGCUAAGGUCCUUACUUCCAAGUGAGAAUGUUCCCCCAAGGGACCCCUCCCCAAUAGAAACUGUUACAGUGCGAGAGGGAAAUAUCUCUCCCAAGAGUAGUAUUGCUCGAAGAGAUGUGAAUGCUGGAGUUUACGUUAGAGAAAGAGAGGGACAAGGGGAAAUUCCUGCAAGAACUUCUUAUCGACAUACUCAACUUUGACAAUGAAGUGUUUGUAAGAAACUGGCUUAUUCAUCCUAGUUAAUCGAUGAAACAUGCAUACAUACGUCACCAGGUCGUCUUAUUAUCCAAUGUGGUGUUGGUACAUUAAAGGUACAUCAAGUGUUGAUGUCCGCGCGAUUAGUUUAACGAUUUCUUAGGAAAGAAUGAAUGUUUUGCUUCCGUUAAUACUACUUAUCAACGAAGUUUAGAUUAAUCAGAUGAAAGCUUCUAAUUCGAUGCCUUUACUUUUUGUGAUGAGUCUAAUCAUGUACAGAUAUUAUGAUCCAUCAAAUAGUUUUGCUGUAACUAGACUAGCUCUUAAUUGUCAAUGCGUUUCUCGCCAGUAAAAUGGUUGCAAACAUUUUGUUCCGUGCGCUGCGAUUAAUAUUGAAGAAUGAUACACACAGAAUGAUACACACAGAAGCCUCCAUCUGGCAUGAAAAUAUGUUCGUACGUUUGUUUUUGGACACAAUCUGUUCCACAAAGCUCACAGUUUUCUUCGAGCUUGAGGAGAAUGAAAUGUGAGUGGACAAAUACAGGAACAUACUUUUGGAACCAAAUGGAAGCUAUUGUGGUAAAGUUUCCGCACAGCCCCAUACUAUUGUAAAACAAAUCUGUUUUCCUAAUGGAAAUGUAUUGUUUUUGUCAUUGUUUUCUCUGUUCAAGAAUUGAAUGCAUAAUGUAGGAUGAGGCUGUGCGGAAAUUUUGCCGCUAUUGUCUCUAUAAGAUUCAAAUUGAUAUUUGGCUGUUGGAAACUACGGGAAAAAGACGAAAAAUAAUGCAAACAAAUCCUUGUUAUAGCCAUAAUUAGGUGGCUUUGUUCAGCUAAAGACGGUGUCUGCUUGCUCAGUCCGGAUUCAAACAAUAAAAUUUUACAAAUUGUACAUGUUGAUUAUAUUAAAUUUCUUGAAGUAAUGAAUCUUUGUUAUCGCCAGGAAUUUUGACACGGUUAUUUGUUUCACCGAAGACAUACAUUUUGAUUUUCCAUUUAAGAGAUUCAGUUUUGGACUUGAAACCAUUAACAGUUGAGCCUAUGGCGAGGGGGAGCAAAGACAGCGCUUUAAGAAAUGGUUGCAAAAGUGCACCUGAAUAUCCUGACGCAGGCCGCGAGGGAAGGGGGAUUGGGACCUAAAUCUUUACGUUUGCGUCAUUUUGAAAACAUCUAAACGUCACGCAUGCUCGGUAUUAAAAGUCCUCUGUCCUUAUCUAACUAUAUUACUCGGUUUUACUCCCAAUAUGUAUUUCUAAUGCUUAUUGUAUAUACUUUUCGUACUCUAUUUCGAAUAGAAAGAAACUGAAUGGCCUCUUCUUUUGGAUUAGCUUUUCUGCGGAACUUAGAGGAAUGAAUAGGAUAAUUAAAGCGUUUAUUUACUAGUUUUUUAUUAGAAUGGAUAACAGAAAAAUAUAUUUAAUUUUGAUUGCAUGACUCUUAAAGUAACAAUUUAAAGAGCAAAAUCGUUUUGUUUUAAAUGCAAUAUUGUCAAUAUUUUGUCAAUA